AUCUGGGUGAAACCCCAUGUUCCCUCCUUUUCAGUAUUUCAACUCUCAUCCAUUGCUCACAGCCACAGGUGAUAGGAUUGGAUAAUAUCUUCAGCAACUGAAAACAAGAACCACAACAAAUGAUACCAUCUUGUUGCUGCUCACUCACCCCAUUAUCAUCAUCAACCUCCAUAUCCAAAUUCAUCUCAGACCAACCUUACCUCACCAUGCUAGAAAAACAAUGCACCAACAUGAAAGACCUUCAGAAGAUUCAUGCCAACCUCAUCAAAACUGGCUUAGCCAAGGACACUAUUGCUGCUAGCCGCAUCUUGGCCUUUUGUGCCUCUCCAGCUGGUGACAUGAACUAUGCUUACUUGCUCUUUACUCAUAUCCAAAAUCCAAACCUUUUUGCAUGGAACACCAUCAUUAGAGGCUUCUCUCAAAGCUCAACUCCACAUAAUGCAAUAUCUCUUUUCAUUGACAUGUUAAUAUCUUCACCUAUUGAACCUCAAAGAUUGACUUAUCCUUCAGUUUUCAAAGCUUAUACUCAACUUGGACUAGCCCAUGAUGGAGCUCAGCUUCAUGGGAGGAUUAUAAAAGAGGGUCUUGAGAGUGAUCCAUUUAUACGAAACACUAUCUUAUAUAUGUACAUGAAUUGCGGUUUUUUGAGUGAGGCACGUCAAAUGUUUGAUAAAGAUAAGGAAUUUGAUGUUGUUGCAUGGAAUUCAAUGAUUAUUGGUCUUGCUAAAUAUGGAGAAAUUCAUGAGUCUAGGAGAUUAUUUGAAAGAAUGCAAUUCAGAAAUGCGGUUUCAUGGAAUUCCAUGAUUAGUGGAUAUGUUAGGAAUGGGAAAUUGAUGGAGGCAUUGGAGCUUUUUGGCAAGAUGCAGGAGAAGAGAAUUGAGCCAAGCGAGUUUACAAUGGUCAGUUUGUUAAAUGCAUGUGCUCGCUUAGGAGCACUUAGACAAGGAGAGUGGAUUCAUGACUUUAUUAGGAAGAAUGACUUUGAGUUGAAUGUCAUUGUUAGCACAGCAAUAAUUGACAUGUAUUGCAAGUGUGGCACCAUUGAAAAGGCUCUUCAAACGUUUGAGGCUGCCCCGAAGAAAGGAUUAUCAUGCUGGAACUCUAUGAUCUUUGGCCUAGCCAUGAAUGGUUGUGAGGAAGAAGCAAUUCAUUUAUUCUCUAAGCUGCAGUCUACGAAUUUGAAACCAGAUUCUGUUAGUUUUAUUGGGGUUCUCACGGCUUGUAAUCACUCGGGCAUGGUGGAUGAAGCAAGGUAUUAUUUCUCAUUAAUGACAAAUACAUACAAGAUUAAGCCAUCAAUAAAGCACUAUAGUUGCAUGGUUGAUGUACUAGGACGAGCCGGGCUCCCUGAAGAGGCAGAGGAGCUGAUAAGAAGUAUGCCAGUAAAGCCAGAUGCUAUUAUAUGGGGAUCUUUGCUCUCAGCUUGUAGAAAGCAUGGAAACAUUGAGAUGGCCAAGGAGGCAGCAAAGCGUGUGACUGAGUUGGAUCCAAGUGAUAGCUGUGGUUAUGUGCUUAUGUCUAAUGUUUAUGCUGCCUCCAGUCAUUUUGAAGAAGCAAUAGAGGAAAGGCUUUCCAUGAAGGAGAAGCAUAUAGAGAAAGAACCAGGAUGUAGUUUGAUUGAAGUGGAUGGAGAAGUGCAUGAGUUUGUUGCUGGUGGCAGGCUGCACUAUAGAGCACCAGAGAUCUACUCUUUGUUGAAUGAGCUGGGACUGGUGUUACAUGAGAUGGAAUAUGUCUGAAACAAAUAACAUGUCCAAUCCAGUUUUUCAAGCAAUUUUGUGGCAGAAGAAAAACCACAAUUAAAUUGGACUCCUUUUGGUGCAUAAUCAUAAUGAGAAGUACUAUUAACAAUUUUUUUUGUCAUCAUGAUUCAAUUCCCAAUAUCUGAGUUACCAAUUUGAA